ACCCUCUCUUCUCCUUCGCCUCUUUCGGCAUCAGAGCGAGAGAGAGGAGAGAGAAAGUAGAGAGAGAAAGAGGCUUUCGAGGCCUCUCUACGUUCUCUGGUUUAUCCGAUCAUAUCUUCCGGCACAUAUCGCCGGAAUAUCGUCCUCUUUGCCGGUUUUCUGGCAAAAUCCUCAGUUUUCUGGCAAGAAAACAACAGUUUAUUUGGCAAAGUUAUGCAGGCGGAUCAGACAGUCUUGAGCUUGCGUCCUGGUGGUGGAGGUGCGAAUCGAGGCCGAAUCCUUGGUCCUCGUUUCGAUUCUCUCUCCUCGGGCCUUUCUAUCUCAUCUGCAACUCCUGAUUCUCACUUCUUACGACCCCAUGGAGCUGGCCCGUUGUCGUCGACUUCUUUGAAGACUGGAGACUCGCGUUUUGAAGUUCAUGAACGCAUUCGAUAUUCACGUGACCAGCUAUUACAACUUAGGGAGUCUGUGGUGCCCCCAGAAGAUAUUAUAAGGAUUAAACAAGAAAUUGAGUCUGAAAUAUCAGGAGAAGAGCCAACUUGGGGACGUGCAGAUACCAAUCAAAAUCAAUUGCAAAGUCGUUAUGCUGAAGCAGACAAUCGGGACUGGCGUGGUCGGGCAGCACAAGUGCCUACAACUGGAGAGGAAAGGUCUCGGGAAACAGUUCGAGAUAACAAAGACUUCCAGAGUAGAAGAUCUGAAUCAGAAUCUUAUGGGUCAAAUUCAAGGCAACAUGAAGCUAAUGCACCACAGUUCAACCGGCCAGAGCAGCUUGGCUCACAGUUCUCAUCAAAAGUUCAAGUUUCCUCAGCCCAGGGGGUUGGGCCAACGCCUGUUCUUGUCAAGGCUGAAGUGCCAUGGUCAGCUCGGCGAGGAAAUCUUUCAGAUAAAGACCGCGUUCUGAAGACAGUGAAAGGAAUACUUAACAAGUUGACACCAGAGAAGUUUGAUCUUCUCAAAGGCCAGCUUAUAGAUUCUGGAAUCACAACACCCGAUAUUUUGAAGGGUGUUAUCGAUCUUAUCUUUGACAAGGCGGUGCUAGAACCUACCUUUUGUCCCAUGUACGCCCUUCUCUGUUCUGAUCUCAAUGAGAAACUGCCUCCAUUUCCCUCGGAAGAGCCAAACGGAAAACCCAUCACAUUUAGGCGAAUCCUUCUCAAUAAGUGUCAAGAGGCAUUUGAAGGUGCUGACAACCUUAGAGCGGAGAUCAGACAGAUGACUGCUCCAGAGCAAGAAAUAGAACGCAGAGAUAAAGAAAGGUUGGUGAAGCUCCGGAUCCUUGGAAACAUUCGUCUCAUUGGGGAGCUCUUGAAGCAGAAAAUGGUCCCUGAAAAAAUCGUUCAUCACAUUGUUAAGGAACUCUUGGGUCACGAUUCGAAGGCUUGCCCAGAUGAAGAAAACGUUGAAGCCAUCUGUCAAUUCUUCAACACCAUUGGUAAGCAGCUGGAUGAAAGCCCUAGGUCCCGCCAUGUCAAUGACUCGUAUUUUAACAGGCUCAAAGAGCUCUCCAAAAACCAUCAACUGGCACCAAGGCUCAAAUUUAUGAUCCGUGAUGUUUUGGACAUGCGAGCCAACAAUUGGGUUCCUCGACGUGAAGAGGUGAAAGCCAAGACUAUCAAUGAGAUCCACUCUGAGGCUGAGAAGAAUUUGGGCCUAAGGCCGGGUGCCACAAUGCGAAAUGGCCGCGCCACCGCUGUGGGUCCCCUAGGCGGUAUGGGUAUUGCUGGUGGCUUCCCCAUCAAUCGACCAGGUGCUGGUGGCAUGAUGCCAGGAAUGCCAGGGACGCGCAAGAUGCCGGGCAUGCCAGGCCUGGAUGACAAUUGGGAGGUCCCGAGAAGCCGGUCAAUGCUCAAAACUGAAGGACAAUCUCUCUCUAGCAACCGAAUGCCUUCCUCUAUUGCCCCAAAACAAGGCUCCCUCAAUUCGAAGAUGCUACCUCAAGGCACUGGAGGCCUGAUACCUGGAAAAACAAGUGCCUUAUUGCAGGGUGGGCCCACCUCUCGGAUCCAAUCGGGCUUGGUCUCAGGCCUAGAGCCCAAGGCUGUUGCUCCGGUGGGGUAUCCCAAACCCUAUGAGCCCAAACCUUAUGAGCCCAAACCUUAUGAGCCUCCUGUGCCUAAUCCACUCGAGAAGGCAGUGCCAGCCCAACAAGUCCGACAACCCCCUGUGGACCUUGUGAGGAAGACAAAAUCACUAUUGGAGGAGUACUUCAGCGUUCGUGAUCUAAAUGAGGCCAUGCAAUGUGUGGAAGAGCUUAAGAGCCCUAACUAUCACCCCGAGUUUGUGAAGGAGGCGAUAGCACAGGCUUUUGAGAAGAGUCCGCCUUGUGUCGAACCUAUAGGGAAGCUCUUGGAGUUCCUUUUGGCCAAGAAGGUAAUUUCUGGGAGAGAUGUGGGUGUGGGGUGCCUACACUACGCUUCGAUGCUUGACGAUAUUGUUUUUGACAUCCCUAAGGCUCCGAUCAAUUUCGGGGAAGUUAUUGGAAGGCUCAUUUUGGUGGGGGGUGUGGAUUUUGAGUUAGUGAGAGAGGCAUUGAGCAAAAUGGAGGACACAAAGCAAAGGGGUGAUGUAUACAACGCAGUCAUGAAGGCUGUGAACUCGAGCCCUUCUGCACAAGCAAUAUUGGGGAGCAAGAUGGCUGGUAUUCAAGCAUGUGAGAGCCUCCUCUCCCCAUGAUAUGCUGUUUUUAAAAGUGCUAGUUUAUAGGGUUUGGUUCUCGAAGCAAGCCUUUCUUUUUGUCAUUUAUUUCAUGUUUUCACCAACUUUCAUCUCCCUUGAAACUCUGUAACUAGAUAGGAUCGUCGUCUCCUUGAUUUUUCCCUUGAGGCACCUUUGUGUUGCAGUAAUGAUUUAUAUGUGGAGCUGAGAAAACAGGUAAUAUUAUGAGUUGUAUAUUUCUCGAGGUCAUAUGAGGUGUGUUUUAUGGAAUUUGAGAACACAGGGGAUAUGUUUUUUUUAUUUUUUAUUUUUCCUGAGAUGGUACUUAGUUCGGGCAAUGCUCGGCGCGGACAUGAUUUUAUUGAAAUAUUGCCUUUUUAAGUGAUUUUGUGGGGUGUUUUGAAUCC